AUGUCAUCAUCAUCAUCAUCUCCGGAGAGUGAGUCGCCGUACAAGGCUGUGCCAGUGGGGAAUAGCAGCAGCAGUAUGAGCAGUGAGGAGAGCGACGCUAUGAAACGGUUAGAUAGCAAGCUCAGGAAGUCCUUGACCGAAAAGGGUGAUAAAUCAUAUUACUACGCGCACUCUCGAGAUUUCCACGUUCCUCCGGAUGCUAAAGUUGUGACCGGUCCGGGUCUGAUCACCGGUGGCCAGCCCGAGUUGAUUGCACGAUCGCUGUCGCCUGAGCCUAGGAAUGUGAUGAAAAAGAGGACGGUGAAGCAGUACAGCUGGUUUGACGAUGAGGAGAAGGUCAAGGUAUACACAGAGGACCCGCAGUUGCUGGCAGCGCUGGAAGAUGACUCGGUUGAAGUUCAUAGUAAAUUCACAGCUACUGGAUUCGACCUAUGGGCGGACGCAGCUGAUGGCUGGCGAGUUAUUCUAUCGAUCCCGACUCUCAAUGCUGAGAUAGUACCAGAGGGAUGCAAACAUAGAGUGUCUAGAGGGAAGCGGGUACAAUUUGAAAAGCACUUCCGACUGAGCAGAAACACCAUUGAAACUGAUUGUCAGAUUACUGUUAUAUCACUACAGCUUUUCUCGAAGGGCAGCAGUGCGCCUCGAUCGGACUACCUCCAGUGGGACGAUUACUUCAUGUCGGUCGCUUUUCUAACGGCCAUGCGUAGUAAGGAUCGUGAGAGUAGAGGAGGGGUCGUCAUAGUCAAUGACCAGAACAGGAUAGUUGCUGUCGGAUACAACGGGAUGCCCCGAGGAAUAGCAGAUAAGGAUCUGCCAUGGGCCUCUCAUCAUGAGGAUAAAGCUCAGGAGAAGCACAUGUAUAUGUGUCAUGCAACUAUCAACGCCAUUAUGAAUAAGAAUCAGCAUUCCGUCCGAGACUGCCGGAUAUACGCGACGGCCUUCCCAUGUUGCGAAUGUGCCAAAUUCAUAUCGCCGUCUAUGCAAGCUGGAAGGUUGAUGUUCUCCCUGGCUGGUAUAUCGAUGGUGCCGAUGAAACUUAAACGGGACGAGCUGGUUGUUGAGUAUAAGGGCCAGAAUGAGUUGAAUAAUACGAAGUGA